UUGGCCGUGGGGGCGAGGCUUAGGCGUGGGGAGAGGCUGGGGAGCCUGGAGGCGGGGCUUCGGGAGCUCGCCCCACGCGGGGCGGGGCUCCGGCGGCAGCGGGAUCUGCAGUUCGGACUCCGCGCGCCACAGUCGCUGCAGUUCGCUCCACUCUGGUGGCCCCGCCGCCCUGCGGGGAGCCCGGGCAUCGCCGGGCUGCUCGGACUCGGCGCGGGGCCGGCCCCUCCUCUCCCUCUCUCGGUGGGGCCUAGACGGUUGGGGCAGCAGGAACAUGGAGCCCUCUCCCGCCGCGGGGGGCUCGGAGACCACUCGCCUGGUGAGUCCCCGGGACGGCGGCGGCGCCGGAGGCAGCCUGCGUUUGAAGAGUCUCUUCACAGAGCCCUCAGAGCCUGUCACUGAGGAAUCCAAACCUGUAGAGAUGCCCUUCCACCACUGCCACAGGGACCCCCUGCCACCGCUGGGGCUCACCCCUGAGAGGCUGCAUGCGCGGAAACAGCUGUAUGCUGCCUGUGCCGUGUGCUUCGUCUUCAUGGCAGGGGAGGUGGUCGGCGGGUAUCUGGCACACAGCCUAGCCAUCAUGACCGAUGCAGCCCACUUGCUAGCGGACGUGGGUAGCAUGAUGGGCAGCCUCUUCUCCCUCUGGCUUUCCACCCGUCCAGCCACCCGCACCAUGACCUUUGGCUGGCACCGCUCAGAGACUCUGGGGGCUUUGGCCUCUGUGGUCUCCCUCUGGAUGGUCACUGGCAUCCUCCUGUACCUGGCCUUCGUCCGCCUGCUGCACAGCGACUACCACAUCGAGGGGGGUGCCAUGCUGCUGACCGCCAGCAUUGCAGUCUGUGCCAACCUGUUCCUCAAUACAAGGCAGCUGACCCCAUCAGCACCUUCCUCUUCUCCAUCUGUGCCCUUGGAUCCACAGCGCCCACCCUCCGAGAUGUUCUUCGAAUCCUCAUGGAAGGUACCCCCCGCAAUGUGGGGUUCGAACCUGUGCGGGAUACACUGUUGUCAGUGCCAGGAGUCCGGGCAACCCAUGAGCUGCACCUGUGGGCCCUUACGCUCACUUACCACGUUGCCUCUGCACACCUGGCCAUUGACUCCACUGCUGACCCUGAAGCCGUCCUGGCUGAAGCCUCAUCCCGUCUCUACUCCCGGUUUGGAUUCUCCAGCUGUACCUUGCAGGUCGAGCAGUACCAGCCAGAGAUGGCCCAGUGCCUGCGUUGCCAGGAGCCUCCCCAAGCCUGAGCCAUGGCCCUGCCCUCACCCCACUGCCAGGCCGAGGCUCAGCCCCGGACUCUCAGGAUCUGCUGCCCUGAUCACAGAGACGGGACCGAGCCAGGCCCAUACCCCUUCCUCUCUCCUUCCUUCCACCUGCCAGUUCCCCCAGCCUCAGCCCCAGCCCCGGCCCCAGUGGGCAAGACCAAAGUGUGGCGGGGAGUGGGGUGGGAGUCAGGGGAACAGAUGUGACCAGUUCAGGGGCAGGGACUCCUGGGCCUUAGUGUGGCGGGGUGUGUUGAAGGCCUGCAGUGCCCUCUCCCCAUGGUCUGGAAAGCCACGAACAUCCUUUCCCUGCAGUCCAUUUGUCUGUGUGGCAGGCUGGCUGGCUGGCUGGGGCCAUCUGCCUGUCUAUGUGCUGUUGGUGUGCCUAUGCCUGGGGGAGGUCAGUAGGGGCCCCCUCCCCACAUGGCGCUCGCUCUGUCUAUGCAGGGGCCCCGAAGCCCGCACUUUGUCCGCGUGUCUUAGCCCUGUGGUUUUGUCUGUGUGUGUGUGUGUGUGUGUGUGUGUUCUUGGUGCUGUAGCCUGUGUUUCUCUGUGCCUAUGUGGCUGUGCUAUGGUCUCUAUGAGUCUGCUCCAUGUGUCUGUUUGGGGCUCUAUCUCUCCAUCCCUCUGUUGGUGCUGUGCCCUUGGCUAUCCCAGAAAGAGGGAGGACUCCACUGCAGCUCCACCAAUAAACUCAUGUCUCACUGCAUCUUUCAGCCUGUGUGCUGACUCCUCAAGAGGGGGAAAUUGAAUAGGUCACUUGAGAGCGACAGAAUCCCUCCUGUCCCUUCCCAGCCUCUGGAGUGACCUCCCACAGACCUCUUGUCCCUUCCAGUCCCUCUCCAGCCCCUCCACCCUCAGAUGUAGGGUAAAAGCCACCAGUCUCUUUACUCCCUUUCCCGUGGUUCACAGCACGUGUGGGUCCUUGGCUCAGGGAGAGCCCACAUGCCCUGGGCUUGGUUGCAGGAUAAGGCUGGAAGGCAAGGAGCCAAGGAACCCCUGAGAGUCAGUCAUUCCCAGAGGUCCCCACAUGCCAUUGGGCCUCAGGCUGGCUGGAGGGAGGCUGGGUCUCUUGGAGGGAGAGUGGCUGGACCAUAUAGCACUAGUGUAGACUUGGUUCUCAGGCCAUCUAAGGUGUCUAGCAGUAGGGACCCCUCAACCCUGACAGCAGCCAAUCCUGAGUCAGGUUUAGGCUGUGAACACCAAGGACCUCUUUUACACCUAUUCCCCCUUUGUCUUAAGAAUUGCACAUUAAAUCACAUUUAAGACACAUUAAAUCUUAAAAUCAGGCUCCUUAA